AUGUUUGCUCUACAAAAUGAAUUUGUUAAAAGAAUUCCAGAAUCAUUUCUAAGAAAACUCGGAGUAUUCAAAAAUACAUUAAAUCACGGGAAAAAAACUGUUCGAACAGUUUUUUUUAGACUAUUAGCAAUAAGAACAUGGUGUUUACGAUUUCAUGGCUUUGAUAAAGAACAACAUGAAAACAUUGUCAAUAAAAUAACAAAUUUUACAAAUACUCGUCUUGGAUUAAAUUUAUCAACCUAUGAAAUCGAAAACUAUCAUAAUGUUGGUCCGCCAAGAAAUGGAUACAGAAGACCGAUCAUUGUCCGUUAUUUCAGUCGGGCUACUCGUCAACAAAUAUUACACUCAACAUAUCUAUUAAAACAAAAAAAAUCAAAAAUAUUUGUCGAAGAUUUAACUAAACGUACGUUAGCUUCAUUUCACGGUGCACGUAACUCGGUUAGUGAUACUGAAAAAAAAUCAAUUGUGACAAGAAAUGGUGAUGUCUAUCAAAAACAAUCUGACAAAUCCUUGUGA